GCCUGCAAGGGUCGUGCAAUCUCUGCCAAGGCGCCUCUCUGCGCGCGCCCUGGGGACAUCCAAAACGUUGCCGCGGGGAAAGGGGUGCGGGCUGCUUCCUGGGCCCGGGCCGGGCUCUCCUGCUGCGGCAUCGCCUUCCGCUCCUCCCCUUCCUCCGGGUCAGAGUUGGGCGAAGAUGGCGGCUCCCACGGCGAGCGGCGCGUUCGCCUUUUGUCCGUCGCCGGGAGCCCGCGCCGCCGCUUCCGAGGUGCGCUUCAUCAGCAGCGCCAAGGGGAAAGGACUCUUUGCAACCAGAAAGAUCCAGAAAGGGGAAACCAUUUUUGUCGAGAAGCCUGUGGUGGCAUCCCAGUUCCUCUGGAAUGCAAUGUAUAAAUACAGAGCCUGUGACCACUGUUUGCGAGCCUUGGAGACGGCCGAAGAAAACGCCCAGCGGCUCCUUGGGAGAUUCCAGGUCCUCCCUCGCCCGGAGCAAUGCGGCAUCCGGAAAGACCUCCACCAGCAUUGCCCCAGCUGCCAGGUGACGUAUUGCAGCGCUGAGUGCCGGAAAGCUGCGUGGGAGCAGUACCACCAGGUUCUGUGCCUGGGGCCCUCCAGGCAGGAUCCAAACCACCCCUUGAACAAACUGCAAGAGGCCUGGAGGAAUAUCCAUUAUCCACCCGAGACUUCGAGCAUCAUGCUCAUGGCCCGGAUGGUUGCCACCAUCAAACAGGCCAAAGACAAAGACUGGUGGAUCAAGCUCUUUGCUCAGUUCUGCAGUAAAACGGCCAACGAGGAAGAAGAAAUCGUCCACAAGCUCUUGGGGGACAAGUUUAAGGGCCAACUAGAAGUCCUCCGAGGCCUUUUCACGGAAGCUCUUUACGAUGACCAUGUUGGCAGGUGGUUUUCUCCGGAAGGCUUCCGGUCGCUGUUUGCCCUUGUAGGUACCAAUGGCCAAGGGAUCGGAACCAGCUCCCUGAGCCAGUGGGUCCACGCCUGCGAUGCCUUGCAGCUUCCUCCCCGGGAGCGGGAGCAGCUAGAUGCCUUCAUCGACCAGCUCUACAAGGACAUCGAGAAAGAGACAGGGGAAUUCCUGAAUUGCGAAGGGUCCGGUCUCUACGUGUUGCAGAGCUGCUGUAACCACAGCUGCAUCCCCAACGCAGAGACUUCGUUCCCAGACAACAAUUUCAUCCUGCACUUGACAGCCUUGGAAGACAUCAGGCCGGGAGAGGAGAUCUGUAUCAGCUACUUAGACUGUUGCCAACGAGAGCGGAGUCGGCACAGUCGGCACAAGGUACUCCGAGAAAACUACCUGUUUGUCUGCUCCUGCCCCAAGUGCCUGGCUCAAGCCGACGAUCCGGACCUGACCUCAGAAGAGGAAGACGAGGAGGAGGAGGAGGAGGAGGAGGAGGCCGAAGGGGAGCCGGAGGACGCGGAGCUGGAGGACGAGAUGACGGACGUUUGACCGGAAAGCCGGGUUGGGUGGGUACGUGGGGCCCUUCUCUGAUGGACCGCAGUCAUGAUGAUGAUAAUGUACGUUUCGGAAGCAGGUUCUCGAACCCUGGGCCGGCUUGGGCUGGCUGAGAGAUCGCAGAAGGGCGACAGAGGAAACGGGGCCCUUUGGGGCGAGGCUUGGUUUCCUCUCCGUCAUAAACCGAACCCUUGAGUCCGAACCCGCUCCAGAGCAAAAGCCGGGUCUCCACGUCCACGUCCCAGAUACAACAUGCUGUGAUGCGGUGGGGGGAGAAAAUGCAUCCCUGGCCACAAUUUCCCCCCCUACAUGCCUGGUACAGUAAAUGGUUUGUAAUGCAAA